AUGUCCGCCAUCUUCAUUGCAGUUCAGUGCUGCCAAUGCUCCACCAUGCAGGUGAAGCAGAGGAAGCAGAGCAGCAAAAGCAACAAGUGGACAUGCGUAGUCUGCAAUCAAAAGCAGUCUGUACGCCAAGUGUUUGCUCAAGGUCCCAUGGCGAAAGACCUCCGCCUCUUCGUCCAGUCCUCCAACAUGUCCCGUCAACAACAGCAGCAGCAGCAGCAGCAGCAGCAGCAGCAACAGCCUGCACUUGCUUCUUCCACUAGUCCGUACAAGACCCAAAAGAAGAGCCGAACCGAUUGGACGGAAUACCUCGAUGCUAAGGAUGAUCAGGGCACCAACUUGAAGCAAGAAGAAGAUGAAGAAGGGGUUGGUUUUGAGCAUGAGAUUGUAACAGAGUUUCCGGCAGAGUUGUCCAAGAAACGAAAGCUCAACAAACAUGGCUGUUGGUCAGAUACAAGAAAAGGAGAUGCAGAUGAACAUCACAAUCACAAAUCAGUUUUCUCUAAGAGGAAUUUCAACAAACAUGUUGUCUCCCCAGCAGAUGAGGAGCAGAUGAAGUGCGAGCUAGCAAUCACCAAGGAGACUUCAAAAUGGAGAGAUUUUGUAAUGAGAGAUGAGCUGGAACCAAAAGCAUGUCAGGCAACAAAGACUAUACUUGGUGGAGCUUCCAAAUGGAAUGACUACGUAACCCCAGAUGAGAGUGAUGAAUAUGACCUGCGAUGCAUUAGUAGGAGAGAAGAUGCAGAUACUGCAGGCCAAUGGAGCAAUGAAAUCAACAAGACGGUGACAAACUAUGAGACGGUAUUCGCAAACGAUGAUGAGACGGUAGAAGAUGACAUCCAUCCUGAUUUCUUGCACCUGGAUAGGUCUUGA